CCUGCUCCAUUUGCCUAAGCAUUUAUACUGAUCCUGUAUCCCUUUCGUGUGGCCAUAACUUAGCAAUGGCGGCUGCCGAUAUAAGAGAUGAACUGACCUGCUCCAUCUGCAAGGAAAUUUAUACUGAUCCAGUAUCCCUGCCGUGUGGCCAUAACUUCUGCUGGGUCUGCAUUGGUAAAGCAUGGGAUUGGCAGGAGAGUAUAGAGGAAGAUCCUUCCUGCCCUGAAUGCAGACAGAGGUACAGGAGACAACCUGAACUGAAAAGGAACCUAAGGCUGAGUAACAUAGCUGAACGAUUAUAUUCUUCUCACCCAGAGCAGGAUGGGACUGGGAUCUUCUGCACCAACUGUAUUUAUUUUCCUGUACCUGCUGCAAAAUCCUGUCUCUUGUGUGAGGUUUCUCUGUGUGAUGCCCAUGUGAAGGUGCACAACAAGUCAGCAGAACAUGUCUUAACUGAACCCACCACUUCCAUGGGGAACAGAAAAUGCUCUGUACACAAUGAGCUCCUAAAGUAUUACUGCUGUGAGGAUGGUGUCUGUAUCUGUACCUCUUGCUGUCUGGCCGGAGAACACAAGGGACACAGGGUGGAGCCGCUGAAUGAGGCCUCUGAGAAGAAGAAAGGGAAAUUGAGGAAUGUUCUGGAAAAACUGAACCCAGAGAUAGAGGAGACUGAGAGAAGAGCCCAGAGGCUGCAGAAGCGAAGGAGAGAAGUGGAAAUAAAAGCAGUCAGUGAGACAGAGAGAGUCACUGCCCUGUUUAAGGGCAUCAGGGAACAUCUUGAAGCCCUAGAGAAGCAACUCCUGUAUGACAUCUCCAGGCUGAAAGGGGAGCAUUCCCAACAACUCUGGGAUCAAUUUCAGCAGCUUGGAAUAAAGAAGGAUGAGUUGUCCAAGAAGAUCCAUCACAUUGAGGAGCUAUGCAACAUGGCAGAUCCACUCACUGUCCUACAGGAACAGGAAUCAGAUGGAACUGUUUUUUAUGGGGCUGAUGGGGCAGAUAAUGAGGGCAGAGAGAGUGCUGAUAUAAAGGUCCCUGCUGUAGAAGGUCUGGAUGUAGGACUGAUCUCAGAGACAUUACUCACUGGCUUAACUGGGAUUGUGACUGGGAUAAAGAAAAGGUGGAUCUAUGGACAGGAGGCAACAGACAUGUUACUGGAUAUAAACACUGCUGAGAAUCAUGUAUCUUUAUCAGGGGACAGGAAAACUGCUUCCUACUCACAUACAGAGCAGUGCCUCUUAAAUACCCCAGAAAGGUUUCAGAAUUAUUCUCAGGUGUUAAGCACCAGGAAUUUCCCCUCAGGGCAACAUUGCUGGGAAGUGGAGGGUAGUGAAUCAGGGGAGUGGUGUAUGGGAGUGGCCUACCCCAGUAUAGAGAGGGGUGGGAGACAAUCCUUUAUUGGAGAUAAUAGCAAGUCUUGGUGUUUGUGUAUGGAGAACAAUAGCUAUUCAGUGAGACAUGACAGUAAAGGAAGAGAAUUACCCCACUACCCUUCCUGCAGAAGAAUCAGGAUCUCACUGGACUAUGAGGCCGGGUGUCUGUCCUUUUAUGAGCUAAGUGAGCCAAUCAGACACUUACACACCUUCACUGCCUCCUUCACUGAGCCCCUUCAUGCGGCAUUCUUGGUAUGGUGGGCUGAUUCCUUUGUAAAAAUUCUCAGUUAGGACUCUGUCCAACAGACAAACCCAUACAUAGGCAUUCAGACACGGAAGCUUGGUACCUGAGGUCUUCCUCACACUUGAGAAAGGGCCAGGUGCCCGAAACAUGUUGUGUGGUAAUGGAAUAAAAAGCCUAAUUGCAGUUACUCUGCUUUUGUGAGUGUUUCCAACUGCUACUAUAAAUCGAAUAUAUAAGGGAUGCCAGAGGCGGAGCACCCAAGGAAUCACCACAAGAACUGUUUGAAUUAACGCUAAUCAGUGUAAAAAGCCUUUUUGGAGUCUUCCAGAUAAGGGGUCUUUCUGUAAUUUAGAUCUCCAUACUCAGGGGUGAUCCUGGCCCCUCAGCCGCCUAAGGCAGCUUGGUGUUGCUGCCACAACCCUCCCCGGUGUGCUCACCUUUUUGUUCUGGGGGGGGGGGUCCAUGAGGGCGGUGGAGAGGGCUAGGAUGCUAGCGCAGAGAGCAUAAUUGCGCUCUCUGCACUAGAAGAAUUUCCGGUUUGAAAAAUGGAAAUUUGGCUCUUAAAGUACCAGGAGCACCAUUUUUGCUGCCCCUGGCACCUAGUGGGGCACUGCCAUCUGAGGCGAGUUACUCAACUCAGUUACCCCUGUCCAUACCUUAAGUCUACUAAAAAUAAUAAAACGUUAAUUAAACCUAAUAGGAUUGUUGUGCAUUUAAUAAGGAUCAAUAAUAUCUUAGAUGAGAUCAAGUACAAGCUACUGUUUUAUUAUUACAGAGAAAACAGAAAUCGUUUUAAAAUUUAAAUUAUUUGAUUAAAAUGCAAUCCAUGGGAGAUGGCGAUCCUAAAUAACUGAUCCCGUAUCUGUAGAAGCUUGGGACCAAGAAGGAUACUUUGUUUGAGCCAGUGUGCUAAAAAGUAAAUGUGUUAUAACAAAUGUAAUAGAAACAAGUAUAGUUACCAGCUUGCACACCCUGGCUCUCCAAAUUGUAUAUUGCCCGGUGCCCG